ACACACACACACACACACACACACACACACACACAUAGGGAGCAGGCAGAUUGCAGUUGAGUAGAGGGGAGAGAUGUUCUCCCAAAACUCUGGAAGCGGUCGCAAUGCUCCAGGCUGUUCCCAUGGAUGAGGCCCCCUAGGAGCUCCACUGUAAGAUGCAUGGCCCGGCCCACGUCCCCCUGUGGGUGCUCAGCGGUCUACUCUACCUCUGGCCCCUGGUCCGCUCUCAACUAGUGUUUUCCACCAAACCACAGCAUGCUGUGGGUUUACUGGGAGCGCCCCUCACCUUGGACUGUGUAGUGUAUGAUCUUGGCCAGCUGAGAGCGCUGUUGGUGCUGUGGGAGAAAUCCGACGGCGGAGCGAAGAGUGCCCUGGUGCCCGCUGCCUCCGACCCCGGAGGAGGAGCAGUUCAGCUCCUCAACGGAUCCCUGUUCUUCCCCCUGCUGAGAAAGAGUUACCUGGGGAACUAUGUGUGCAGUGCCGCUGCCGGAGCCCAUCGCAUUAAUGCCACUGUACGAGUGGAAAUGGCCGGUCUGGGUAGAGUGUUCUACAGCCCCAGGAACCAGACAGUCAGGGAAGGAGAGGCGGUGUUCCUCCAGUGUGUGUCGGGGGAAAGCUCGCCGGCCGCAUUCAUCUCCUGGUUGAAAGAUGGGGAGUUGGUCAAAAGAGGCAAACAGAUUCAAGGUCAGUACGGAGGUGGACACCAGAAAAAGACUUCCGGCACCCUUCAUCUCCCCAACGUCACUCGAGACGAUGGGGGUGUUUAUGACUGCGUCACUUCCAACGCUCUCCUCAACGUUACCCGGUGCAGCGUGGCGGCGACUCUCACGGUGCUCGGAGCACCUACAGGACUGCAGAUUACCCAGGGUCCCACCUCCAUCACCGUCGCCAAGGGAACAGAGGCUGUGAUGCGUUGCAUUGUGAAAGGGUAUCCAGUUCCCAUGGUGCAAUGGUUCAAAGAUGACUGUCUCCUGACCAAUCACACAGCCUCGCUGCGCUGGCAGGACAAUGGCCAGCUGCUCACAUUCAGGAAUGUGUCUGAGGAGGACGAGGCCUCCUACCAUUGUGAAGCCUCCACCCAGCAGGAAGCCCUCCGCUCCCAGCCUGCCCUGCUCCUCCUGGCCGGAAUGGACUGGAGGUUUGUCCAGCAGCCCAGAAACAAGACAGUGAAGGAAGGGGAUAACGUUACUCUGGUCUGCCGGGCUCCCAGGAGCCGCCCCCCCGCCCGAGUGUCCUGGGUGAAGGAAGGCGGGCCCCUAGGGCCCCAGGCCCCCCUCACCACAUCCCCUGCUGGAGAUCUUCUCCUCCACAGAGUGCUGAAGGACGAUGCCGGGACGUACUUCUGCAGGGCCUCCAAUCAGCAGCUCAACCGAUCUGUCACAUCGAAAAGAGUAACCCUCACAGUUCUGGCGCCCCCUACGGUGAGUUUGCGGCCCCAGUGGAUGACAUUGCCCCCGGGGGGGUCUCUGCGGCUGCAGUGCGAUGUGGGGGGUCUCCCUCCUCCCUCCAUCAGGUGGUACAAGAGAGGUCCGUCCACACAGACCGGGGGGAAAGUCACCAUGGGACAGAGAAACAGCAGCCUGUACUUCCUGUCUGUGAGGAACUACGACGAGGGAAUGUACACGUGUGAAGCCACCAACAUCCUGGGUCAAGACCGCCAAACUGCCACAAUAAGGGUCACCGUGAUGCCCGUCAUCGUGGGCUUUUCUGGGCAGGUGAGCAGCCGGCUGGGGGCCCCUGUGGAGCUGCCCUGCAGAGCGGUGGGGGUCCUGCCCAUCACGUACACCUGGACCAGAGACAACACAACGGGGCCCCACACAUCGACCACCACCACCACCAUCACAGACGAUGGAGCUCUGAGGAUGUCUGCUGUGCGGUGGACAGACGCAGGUGACUACUACUGUAGGGCAGAGAACCAGGCCGGGAGCGACCGGAUACACACUGUCCUCCUUAUCACAGAUGAGAACCGCGGGGGUGACACCCGAGAGCAGAGGAGAAUGAGUUGGUCUGCUAGGACAAAUACUAACAAGGAACUCCCAGCUGUCCAAAUCAAUGGUUCAAUUCUUAAAAAUCACUCUAGGAUGAACCAUGGCUCACAUUCAGUGAUGUACACGGAACCCAUCACCCACAGGACGGACUUAACUUUUACAUCACUAAAAGAGGCUCUAUUCAGAGAACUACACCCGCCAGGGUCACCUGACUACCUGCACCUGCUGGCCCUGCCUGAGGACCAGGCAACCCAGCCUGAGACCCAGCCAACCCAGCCUGACAUCCUGCCAGCAAAGCCUGACACCCAUCCAGCCCAGACUGACACCCAGCCAGCCCAGCUUGACCGCCUGCCAGCCCAGCUUUCACCCAACAGUCAGAUACUGCAACCUCCCCCUUCAACCGUAGACCCCCAUACCCUUGACCAAAUGGGUCCCCCGCCACAUGUUUCAUCUCCGUAUUCUGAGUCCUACAUUCUCUAUAGCCCAGCACCAGGACACAAGGACACUGGGACACCAGCGCACCGGGACACCGGCACUCCAGGACACCAGGACACCGGGCUCCUAGCGACCACCAGCCAAACCCUUCCUCACCACUCCUUCGCUCAUUAUCAUUUAACCAAGAUAUCCACCGCUAGGCAACUCCAGAACGUUGCUGGCGAGACGUCGGCGAAGCAGAGUGGCGAAGAUAAGGAAGUAUCCCUCUAUCACAUGGAUCCACCGGCACCGCCAGAGAGGAUGGGAGCCAGCCUCAUAUCCUUCCCUAAGUCGGUGUUUCCUCUCACUAGGUCUUCAGACUCGACAGAGCCCACUACAGCGUUUGUCACCAAUAGAGAUAAUCUGCCGCCCCCAGUGAACCGCCUCGGUCAAGAUGCAGUUGAUUUGUCCUUGGCAUUGCAUGUGACACUCCAAACCUCUCGCCAGUCAUUGACUCCAAGGACCCACUCAGGAGCCCAGCUUAAUCAUCCUCCUACCAAGGGGUCCCCCGUGGUGUCACACCUCGCUCAAGACCCACAUGGGAGUCCUGGAGAUUUGGCACAGGCCGCCCUCGCUAACCAUGGCUUGAAAGCAACGCAAAAUCCUUCGAGAGGACAGUCCACCCUAUGCUCCUUCACGCAGUCAGCCCCUGAGCUGCCCCCUACAUCAGUCCAUGACAAACCCCAAACCACUCCCUUGCCUCCAGCUCCUCCACCCAUCCGAGGAUCCUCUUGGACCCCCUACAACGGUCUGUCUCCCACAGGUCCAGUGCCUUCAGCACAACAGCAGACUCCACUUCCCUCAAUCCGACCGCAUGGCCCUUUUCAUGCCCCUCAUUCUGUGUCCUCCAUCGCCACCACCACCUGCACCACCACCACCUGCACCACCACCACCACUACCACCACCACCACCACCCCAACCAACAUUACCAUCAACAGCACACCAAACAGAACCACCAUCACAAACGCCACCAACCCAACCACCAUCACCAUCACCACCACUAGAGCCUCCAUCACCAGCAACACCCCCCAAACCAUCAUAACCAGCCCUCCCUCCAGAUCCACCAUAACCAGCCCUCCCUCCAGAACCACUAGCACAAUCACCACAACCAGCACCUCAUCCAAGACCGCCUCCACCAGCACAAGCACCCGCACCAGCACCCCCACCAGCACCACCGCCACCCCAAUCACCCCCAGCCCCACCACCCCCAUUACCCCCAGCAGAACCAACAGCACCACCGCCACCGCCAUUACCCCCAGUACCACCAGCCCCACCACCCCCAGCACCACCCCCAACAGCAUCACCACCCACAUUAACCCCAGCACCAGUACCACCCCCCACACCACCAUCACUCCCAGCCCCACCAUCCCAAGCGCCACCCCCACCAGCACCCUUAUUACCCCCGGCACCACCACCAGCCCCUUUACCCCCAGAUCCACCACCAGCACCACCAGCCCCAUUACCCCCAGCACCACCCCCAGGACCACCAGGGAUGAUCAUUUAACUAGCCCUUCCAGAAGGUCAGUCCCUGAGGGUCUGACUCCCAGUCCACAAACCGUGCCUGAUGGCAAACGUUUAAACACGAGUCAGGCUGUUGAGCCAGCUCUGACCUCUGGGGCCACCAGUAAACCCCGUCCUACUGUUGGACUGAAGACCAACACCUCCCAGUCACCCAUGACCAGCGAUGACCCCCGAGGGACACAGAAGUCUCCUUCAUGGCUGCCAGGGCUGGAAAAACAUGACGUCCCCAUCGUGGUUGGAGUGGGCGUGUCUCUAGCCUUCAUCUUCAUCACAAUGGCUUUCUAUUCGCUGUUUCAGAGCAGUGAUCCUCUGCCAAUCAUUCGAGCAGGGACCGUGGCGCUAACUGAUGCACAACAACGAGCUCAGAGGAACGUGGGCGUCCCCAUCAGACAUGCGGAACAACAGGCCGCUGGUAAAACAUACGACAACAGAGCAUUUGCGGAUGACGAGUGUGUAGCAGUGAUUGAUCAGAGCCCUAAUACGUCGGACACCCGCGCCCGGCCGCUGGGGCCCGGUCUGGUCAUGGUUCAGAUGGAGCCCCCACCUGAAGACCUGAGAGAGGAAGACCUGAGAGAGAACCACCAGCGUUCCCUAAUGGAGGACAAUGCUGUCCCCAUGGAGACGUUUCCUCUCUGUGCUCUCCUGGACUCACAGGUGGAGGAGGACAAGGCCUUCAGCCUGCCUCCACCCAGCGCACGGCUCCGAUGUGUGGAAGACUGGGUCAGCAGCUGCCUCCACCCGGUCUGCCAGGAGCCUCCGACCCGACCCCCUUCUCUGACUCCGCCCUCCUCUCUGCUUCCACCCUCCUCCCUGCCUCCUCCUCUGUCCUCCCUCGCCUCCCACUCAACCUCCCCCACCCUCUCUCUCUGCCCCUCCUCCCCCUCCUCCCUGGCCACUGUACGGGAGGAGAGGCUCCACUCCUCGCUGACCCUCCAGACGCCGGCCGAGCCCACCUCCACCUCCUCCCAUGCCUCCACCACCUCCACCCUUCCUGUCCACCACAGCCUCAGCGUCUCCCACACAGUGAGCUCCCCGCUCCUCGUCUCCCAUCAUGUCUCGCUGGGCUCAACCACCACCGUCACUGUGGAUGUCACCUUCCAUCCUAGCGCCGCCACUGCCAUGGCGAUUUCAACCAGCACUCACAUCAAUUCGCGCGUCACCAACACCCCCACAGCAGCGGGUCCUCUGUUUAACUUCCCAUUGGCAAACAGUCAAGAGAGCGACCAAUCAGCUUCGAGAAUGCCGCACUGCAAGUAGCGAGAUCUUACUAGUAAUGGAUUCAAUGAUCAUUUUCCUUGAUUCAGUUCGCGUCGGUCAGUUCGCCAAGAAGAGUUGUUCAGAAUCGUUCGUUCGUUCAGUCGAGUUUCCGGUAGCGGUGAAUCGAAACAUGGAAUUUACGGUUCUCAGCUGAGUCAGCCAGACUCAGCUCCUCCCUCGUUCUCAUUCUCAAACGAUGGGGGGGUGUAGUUGAUUAUUAGAUGUUUAACAUAUCAGCAAAAUAAUAGAUUUGAUUUAGCAAUGAUGUUGGGGGUCCCGGUGGAAAACGAACCAUGAAAGAUCAAGACAGAUUGACGAGACAUUCAAAUAUUUGAUUAAUCUGGCAUGACACAGAAAGUACAAAGACAGCAUGCAUUUAUCAUUUCACUGACAUUGAAUCGUAUUAUCGUACGCUCGCUCACUAAGCCUCUUCCCUCUUCACCACUCACAGUCAGUGAAUGAACAGUGAGUCAGCGUGUCAGCGACUAGGUCUGGGAGGAGUCGAGUCUGAAAACAAACAAGACGAACGAAAGAGAGGAAUCAGUUCAGUUCGAACUGAUUCUUCUCAGCGUUUUUCAACUCUUUCAACGUUUUAAACUAUGAUGCUUUUUCUGCUUUUUUUUUUUAACAAUGUAAGUAACUGCUCAGUUACGAUUAAGACAUCCGUCUGCCCAGUAACGAUUGAGACAUCGUAACUAAAUACAUUUUCAUCCGUUCACCUUCAUUCAAACCAUUUAACCUAUCUACACAAUUGUAUCUUUCUAUAAUAUUAAAACAGAAUUUCGAUAAAAUGUGUACUUUAUUCAGAAUCACAGUUUAAGUUUCAUAUCGGCUUUCAGUUGGUCUCAUUGGUUUACGCUGAGGUUAGAGCGUGGAGGACGUGCAGGCAUUGUUGCUAGAUUGGGCGGUUUACCAUCUGCGGCAUUUUAGCAAGCACACUCUCGCAGUUGUUAGGACGAAACGCAUUCUAGUUGUACAUAUUAUCCGAUCAAUUCAUAUUCACUGUACAAAAACGAAUGUUGAUAUUUUAGGCCGAUAAGAAAACAUAUUGGAAGAUCAUCGUCAAUGUAUCAGUCAACUUGUAAAAGUAUAUUUCAUAGACAGUGUACUUUAAAUAGCCUCUCUUUAUUCUCAGCACACUGAGACAAUGUUUAACAUUGACAUAUAUGUGUUUGAGUAACUUUAUUAUUUUAAUAGUGACCAUAAUCAAAGGGAUAUCAAUGUUGGUAUAACUUGUAGGUCUAUUACAAAUUUCACUGUUGACAAAGAUGUAUAUUUACAAUAUUGUGUGAAAAGUGAAUAACAUUUGGCCAGUAAUGUGUAUAGUAUUGUAUUAAAGAUGCCAAGAAUAGAAACUA